AUGCCUGAACAAACACAUUCUGUGAUUUCUGCCAGUUUCCGAAGCUCUUUUGAGAAUCAACACGUGACGAUUCCAAGUAUCUAUAAAUUGGUACCUGAAUGGAAGCCGGACCUCCACAAUGGCUACGAGAUCGCACGGGACGAAUCUCUGAACCCAUGGAUACGGAGAUGGGCCGUCAACCAGGAUACGGCACGAUCUCUUUGUGCGGCCGAUUUCGGUCGUUUCGCUGCCCUUUUGGUCCCAAAUUACCGAUCAUACAAGAUUCUCUCUUCGGUAUCGAAGUAUUUCGCUUGGUACUUCUUAUUCGAUGAUAUAUUUGACUGUGGGUCUCUGAAAUAUGAUCAGCUCGGAGCUGAGCGCUAUCGAGAUGCAAGCUUGGAGUACUUCCGGUUCACCUUACUCGGGCAAGGAAGCAUGCCCGACCUGUCCUCGUUUGAUGUCCAGCUUCAAAAUGCGCUGCAUUCGUGGAAUGAAAUUGGAGAACAUAUCAGAGAGGCUUGUUCUCUAGGAACCCGGGAAUUACUUUGUACGGAGAUGCUCCGAUAUAUCUCAAGCCUGACCAACGUGGACAGCCUGUUCAAAGACGACCAGGAGGUUCCAUCAAUCAAGAAAUACUGGGAGAGGCGGGAAGCGACUGCAGGUGCUUUUUGUGUGAUUGCCACUAUCCCUUUCGCCUACGGAGUUGACGUUGACAAAUCAGUAUAUGACAACCCUGUCAUGUACGAAUUGUGGAGGCACGCUUCAUCAUUUGUGCAUAUAUCCAACGACAUGUUCUCCUUCCGCAAAGAACUGAUGGACGAUCAAUACGAAAAUCUCAUUCCAGUCUUGAUGCUCAACUACAAUAUCAAUUGCAAUGUCGCAAUGCAAAAAGGCUACGACUUCCUUCGCAGCGAAGCCAGUGGGCUUCGUCUCUCAAGUGAGAUGUUGCCGUCCAGCAGUGAAAAUCUGUCACCUGCCGUUUCAGACGCAUUCAUCAGAGGCUGCUUUGAUACAGCAAUGGGCCUAGCACAUUGGAGUUAUUCCGGCGCUCGCUACCUCAAAGGAUGUAAUCGUAAUGAUGACAAUACGAUUUCCUUCACGAUCCACCGACAACGGCAACUCGAAGAGACCAAGACUCAUUACGAGCCAGUUCAGAGCAAGCUGCCUUCAAAUACCGGCGAUCCCACUGUGCUCGACAAAAUUCGUUCGAUGGCACCAAAGCUGCAGGGAGUUGCUACAUUAUAA